AUGAAAACAGCAGUUGUCUGGGUGAUUCAACAAAAUACAAUACCUUACUGGUGUCCACAAAAUCUCCUGGAGUGUUUCUGGUUUUGCUUUAAACUUAUCCUUAAAUGGGUGUAUGAGAGGGUCUGUCCUAACUUUUUCAUUCCAUCUAACAACAUAUUUCUGAGUAAAAUCCAUGGCAACAAACAUCUUCAAUUAUUUAUAAGACUGUAUGGGUUGUAUGAGAAGGGUUUAGCAUUCCUGCUACACAGUCCCUCCAUUACGCCUUAUAUUAUAAAUGUCCUCUAUUACCCCACAUUCUCCAUUUGUACAGAUGAAAAUACUCUGAUUUCUGAGACUAAGUUUGAUGUAAACCUAUUUCAUGAAAUUCACAGCUAUGAUUCAUCAUACGAAUUGAACCUACAAAGUUGUAUGAGGUUUCUAUAUACAAUAGGACGGAUAAUUAAUUUACCCCUCCUGACACAAAAUCAAGUUUUACAGCUACAGAAACUUACAGGUAAUGUCCUUCAGCAAACUGCAUUUAUUUUGAACAUGGAAGUUUACACACAUCAAAACAAACUGAGGUAUAGAGCUGACAAAAUCUCCCGUCACAUGCUGAAAUUGGCAGCCAAGUUUGGUUGUAUUACUGACAUGUUGUACAUGUGCAUGUAUUAUUACAAGGCACUUAGAUACAUGGAAGCUUUAAAUAUUAUAGAGAUGAUCAAGGUCAAGUUAGCACAGCCAUAUGUGAUUUGUUUGGAUAAUGUAGAUGCAGAAAAGUAUACUGAGGCUGUAGGGGGACAGUCCUGGUCAACAAAGAUGAGACAGGCUUUAGCAUGGGAUAUCAUACUUGACAAUGACUUCCAUUACAUCAGUGAAUUGAUACAGAACAACAGUCUGUGGUACAGAAUCAUGCAAAAUCAUUUUAUGUCUCACCAUUUAUACUGUUAUACAUGCUAG